AUGGCUGCUCUAUCAUCAAGACAUCAACAAGUAAGUAUUAUAAACCAAAUGCUUUUGAUUUCUAAUUUGAUUAAUAAAAAAGAUUCUAAGAGGAUGAGGACUGCUUUUAUGCUCAUGGUUCUUGUUUUCGCAAUGACAUGGCCAUAUUCGAGUACUCAACCGACAGACCCUCAAGAGUGCUAUAAGCUGGUUAAGGGUACCUCAAGUGAAUGUCGUGAUCGUCUAAAGGGAAUUUUGCAUUUUCAAUUCCAUGGGAUCAAGAAAUAUUGCUGUGAAACCAUUGCUAAAGUUUCUGAUUCAUGUUGGCCAGUGAUCUUCCCGAACCAACCUUACGUUCGUUUUAUCUUGAAGGGUAUUUGCGUUUGGACAUAA